GCCACCGUGAUCGUGCGGUGUCUGUAUCUUCGGUUCGAUCGGUCAGUCGUGUCACGUGUCUCGCGAGUUCGUAAAUCGAGAAGCAAUACAACGCGUUGCGUCUCAAUUUCCUCGUGCUCGAUUGGAUCAGCGGCAAGCAAGUGACUCGGGACGAAUCGACGCGGAAAGUUGGAUUUCGUGCCAGGGGUGCGAUAGAUGCAUCUUUGAAUCCUGACACCGGGGCAUAUAUGUCCGUAGAAAGUUUCGUUAAUGUUCGAGACGCUGAGUGGAGAGGAUUUGGGGAGACGAAUCGUGGAAAGUUAAGUUUGUUGCUGACCCAAAAAUUUCGGAACCGGAAACGAAAAUUUUAUUUCAAGGAAAAUAACAACACUUCGACAUGAAUACAGAAGGAAGACCGUCCAUCGCGAGAAGAUGACACCGCGCCGCCGUAUAUUCGCGGCGAUCAGGCGCACGUUGCUCGCCGCCGGUAUCAUAACGUUGCUGGUGUUGGCUCUGUCGAGCCAGGAUGCCGGGAACACCGUGCAUCAGAGCCUUUUGUUGGAGGAGGAUUCGAACUUGACCCCGGAGGAAAGACUGAUGGAGGAAGCAACGAACGCCGAGACGGAGCGUCGAUUGGAGAUCAGGAGGAAGUUUUUGGCGGAGAAAUGCGCCGAGGAAGAGCUGGAUCGGCCUGGAAACGAUUCUCUGCAUAGGCCUAACGCCUGGGAGUUUCUUGUAAAUAGAGAGUACCAUCUGAUAUGGUGCAACGUCUUCAAAGCAGCGUCUACGUCCUGGAUGUACAACUUUAAUCUACUUGCUGGGUAUGGCCCUCAGUUUUUGAAGGCCUCAAAGGCUGUACCGGUGUCCCUGGCGAGGCAGAAGUACCCCAGGCACACGGCUGAAGAGCUUGCCAAGUUCCUAAACGACAGCAUCAGUUUCCUGAUCGUCAGACAUCCGUUUGAAAGAUUACUCAGCGCCUACAGGGACAAGCUGGAGCACAGUUUGCCACAUACAUUUCACAGCAAUCUGGGGGCUCAUAUCGUUUGGCACUACAGAUCCAGGGAUCCAAAAACAAAUGGACGACACGGUCCGAGGUAUCCGCUGUUCGAAGAGUUCGUGCGUUGGCUUCUCUGCCAAUGGAGGGCUGGCAACGAACUGGACAUGCAUUGGACACCGGUGGUCAGUUUCUGUACACCGUGUCAAGUACGAUUCGACGUGAUCGCGAAAUUUGAAACGCUUCACGAAGACCAAGACUAUCUGAUAAAACAAGCACACGUGGGCCAUAUUAUCAAACCGGAAUGGAAGAACCCCACGAGAGGCGUCCAAACGAAGGAUGUAAUAAAGAAUUACUUCGCUCAAUUGUCCAAAUCGCAGAUCAAAGAUCUCUACGAGAUGUUUAGGUACGACUUUGUGCUAUUCGAUUAUUCUCCCGACGAUUACAUCGCGUUUGGGAGGGACGAGGACACUGAACUGAUUUGUAAAAUAUAAUAACAGUUGUUUCGUACAUAGUUAACGAGCGCCUUGCGGCGCGCUUAAAUUCUUUCUCUUCUUUCCGUGUGUCGUCGGUUACAACGAAAAUAUUAGAUAGGAAACAAUGUUUGUUAAUAUAACGAAUUAAGGGGGGACGCUACCUUUCAAGAUCCAAGAAAAUUCUGAUAUUUAGAUAUUUUUUCUGACGAUACGAAAUGUCCAAUAUAAAUAUUUCGCGUACAGAAUGUUCGGCCACUCAUGGGAAAAAUUUUAAUGGGAGAUUCUGGAGGCCAAAAUAAGACGAAAAUCAAGAAUAUCAAUUUGUUGAUGGAGGCUUCGUUAAAAAGUUAUUAACGUUUCAAGUU